UCUCUCUCUCUCUCUGAGCUCCAUGUGGUGUGAAGGUUCAAGGUUGUAUACAGAACAGACACCACAGACGUGAAGUGUGUUUCUUAGAUGUCCCGCUGAUGUAACGUUCGACCAGUGUUAAGUUUCCACCAAGCAACAAUAACAACCACAAAUUAUGCCGUCCAUUAAUAAUUUACGGCGUGAAUAUAGGUCAUUGGCUGACCAUAACCUGAAGCCGCAGCACCUCUAGAAAUUUCUAGAAUUCUGCUACCAAUGUGGUGAUGAACUAUUCAGAGAUCGAGUCCAAGGUUCGAGAAGCCACCAAUGAUGACCCUUGGGGCCCCUCUGGUCAGCUUAUGGGCGAGAUAGCCAAAUCCACGUUUAUGUACGAGCAAUUCCCUGAGGUGAUGAACAUGCUGUGGACCAGAAUGCUGAAAGACAACAAGAAGAACUGGAGAAGGGUUUACAAGGCCUUGCUCCUGCUAGCGUACCUCAUCAGAAACGGAUCAGAAAGGGUCGUCACGAGCGCCAGAGAACACAUCUAUGACCUGCGCUCUCUGGAAAAUUACCAUUUUGUAGAUGAAAAUGGGAAAGACCAGGGUAUCAACGUACGGCAGAAGGUCAAAGAAAUGGUGGAGUUCGUCCAGGAUGACGACAGGUUACGGGAGGAGAGGAAAAAAGCCAAGAAGAACAAGGACAAAUACAUCGGCGUGUCGUCGGACGGCAUGGGAGGCUUCAGACAGAACAACUCGGGAGAGCGCGUCGACUCCGAGUCGAAAAGCAAGUGGGACGAAGACUGGGAGAAGAGCAAAAGUGGCUUUCCUUUCAGCGAGAAGCUCGGCGAGAUCGGCGAUAAGAUCGGCAGCACCAUCGACGACACCAUUAACAAGUUCCGCAAGAAAGAAAGAGAGGACUCUCCCGAUCGAAUCAGCGACAACGAGGAGGACAGAAUAUCUCAGAACGGUCGGCCGGCUAAGUCUGAAUUCAAGGAUGAGGAGGACAUGGUGGCGCCCAAGAGCGCGCAGGUGAUGCAGGCCACUGAGACGACCACUCCCACCAGCACCGCUGCACGCAAACGGGGUGGAAUGCCCUCCAAAACGGUGGAUUUGGGCGCAGCUGCGCAUUACACAGGGGACAAGAGCAGCCCAGACGCAGACGAUACGAAGACCUCAGGCAGUCAGUCUUCCAUCGGAGGGCUUUCCGAUCUGCUCGUAGUGGACUCUGAAACGACUCGGCCAGCACCUUCAGGUGGGAGCUCGGACCUCAUUGCUGACUUUGCAGAUUUUUCCUCCCCAGCUGCUUCUGCCAGUCUCCCUUCAGCUGCUGGAUCAGUAUCAACUGGCAACGGAGAGUUUGGUGACUGGAGCGCCUUCUCCUCAGCCAGUCCACCUGCCGCGUCUACAGCCUCGUCUGCUGUCCCGGAUCUUUUCAGCGAUGCCCCGCCCUCCACCCAGCCUCCUUCUGCUGACCUUUUUGACCUGAUGGGCCCCAAUCAGAGCGGUCUGAAUGCCUCCCAAAGCAUGACCUUCGUUAUGUGCCCCCAGAGCACAGAGUUCUCUAUGUCCAGAUCACAGACUCUAGGGGGGCCUGUGCACAGUUUAGCAGGUCCUUUGUUGCCUCAGCAGAUGGGAGUUCAGAAACCAGGAGGGAAAGCCUCAAUGCCCGCUACGUGGUCUGACCCGAGCGUCAACAUCAGCCUGGACUUUCUGUCUAUGGGCAUGAACCCUCCCAAGCCUUCACAACCUAGCCUCAACACUAUGAUGCAGCAAGGUGUCCAGCCUCCUGUGAACUUGGUCGCCCAGAACUUUGCCGGAAUGACACUUAACGCCCAGCCUGUGCCUGCUAGACCAGCCAUGAACCCUGUGAUGGCGAGCGGAAACAUGGGUAUGGUGAUGCCCCCAACCAUGGCAACAGGCAACACGGGAAUCGGUUCCAUGGCCGUAGGAGGAAUGCCCGCCAAUCAGGGUUUAAUGGGAAUGAACAUGCCAUCUACUGGCUUGGGCCUCACGGGUGGCCUUGGCAUGGGCCAGAGCAUGAGCUCUGCCAUGUUACAACCCAAACCACAGGCCUUCCCUAACUUUGGCAACUUUGGACAAUGAAGGAAAACCAACACUGAAAAGAAAUGGUCCAAAAAUACCUUCUUAACCGAAAGAAGGAGCUGCAUCCAGUAAAAUGGACAAAACUGACAAAACUAGCCAUUGUCUGGACCCUUCAAUCAUUUAAUAUCAUCAUACGUUAACAGAUGUUUGGGGAGUGUCUUAAAUCUGUUUUCCUUGAGCGAGUGAGUGAAUGAGGGACGGAUGGACGCGUGAUUGAAUGCUUUUUUUUGUUUGGUUUUGUUUUGAUAAGUUACACUAAACACUCUUAUGGUCUGGCAUGUUUGCCAAUGGCUGGUUAAAUGCAAAGAUCACUUUCAGAUGUGUGUUUAUUUGCGCUGUCAUUUUCACAUACUCCCUUUCUCCAUUUUAAGCCCAUUUGAAUUCAGGAAUUACCUCAACUUCCACUGUUCAUGCUGUGACUUAAAUGCUGCGAGCGCUCGAUCGAUCGAUUGAUUUGAUUGAUUUUUUUUUUUUUUUUUUUUGUAAAUAUCCUCCCCCCCCUCUCCGUUUGUGAAGAAGAAAUAUAACUAUAAAUUAUUGCAUUGUUUUAUGGAGUUCUCAGAUGGUUUGCAGGGAACAAGCUCAGAAAGUCAAAGGAGUAGCACAAGUCCUUAAUCCGUUUCAUUUUUACCUCCUUGUUUUACCGCUAAUCCGUUACGUUCACACUCCAACAAACAGAAUCUUUUAUGCUACCGUACAACGGUUUGUCUUUGUCUUACGGGGUUAUAAUAUGAAGGAUGUUAAUUAUUUGUCUUGCGGUUGUAUUAGAUUUCAGGAUAUAAUGUGCAGAAGUCUGGAAGAAAUGAUAUGAUCUACAGGUAUACAUGGUGAACAAACUGUGUGUGUGUGUGUGUGUGUGUGUGUGUGUGUGUAUAAAAGGUGAUAUUAGGUCGAGUGGUUAGAUUCCUCUUCCACCCCUAAUACUGAUGUCAUGGCCGAGUGAGAAUCUAAUCCACCCGGUCCUGGAAGAGUGCCUGACGACGAAAAGUUUGCUUUUUAGCAGUUCGAUCGAUCGCUUUAGAAGGCCAGAAACAGGACGACGUCAACGUGUUUUGUCCAGAAGCCACUGUGAGAGGUUCUCUGCGAUGAUAGGCUGCGUAUAAAACAUCAGCUGUAGGGGUGCUGACCAGGGAACGAUUGGCUGGGAGGAUCUGGACGUCAUGGAUUUGCAGGAAGGAGGGCGUUCUGUUUGAAUUCCUCUGAAGUUUCGUAUUUAAAUGAUGAAAGGUCACACUAGGGCACUUUCUUCGAAUGUUUCUAAUGCCUCAUAAAACUCCACACUAACAUGCAUGAAAUGGACUAAAGUGUUUUAAAGUGCAUCUUUAUGUUGGAUCACUUCAGAUCAGUGUUAACACUCAUUGUGUGUGUCACAGGAUGGCAUGUCGGCUGUAGGGUCAAUGGAAGGCAUGUCGAGUCUAAAUGAAGUUUGUCACUUUUUCUUUUUUUUUUCUUUUCCCUUCUCUUUCUGUUGUUAUCUUUUAUCUCCUACCCCGACCCCACCCAACCCCAACCCAACCCAUAUGCUGCUGUACACAGGUCAACAGAGCCCUCCAUUCCACACCAAGCUGUUGUCUUCAAAAAAAUGACCAAAUCUUUAUUUUAAUACUGUUGAGAUGAUUCUAUAGGGGUUUAGUUUCUUAUUUUAAUACUUUACCAUUAUACAAAUCCUGUGCAUAUUAUGGUGUAGGCAUGGGCCAGUUGAGAAAACACUAGGUGCUUGUAAAAAAGCGAGUGGGGGGAGGGUGUGAAAAAAAUCACGUUCAAGCACCUCUUUCAUAAAAUCGUUUCUUUUUGGAAUUUGAUUUUUGGACUUGAUUGUAUUCAAUAAUAAUAAUAAAAAAAAAAAAGAUGUAUGACGA